AUGGAUAACUCAACAUUCAGACACAGCAUACUCCUAGUGGAGGGACUGAAAGUUUCACCUCAAUCUUCCUAUCCUGUUUUUAUCCUACUGCUCUUGGCAUAUACAUUUACAAUGGUAUCCAACAUUGGACUUAUUAUUCUGAUCUCAACAGAGAAAAAUCUACAUCACCCCAUGCAUUUUCUGUUCUGUAACUUGCCCCUGAAUGAUAUUGUAGGGACCACUGUCAUUUUGCCACGCUUGAUGCAGGACAUUUUAAGGGAAACCUCAGAGCGCUAUAUCACAUAUGUGGAUUGUGUUUUUCAAGCAUAUUUUGUACAUAUAUUUAUUGUAGCAUGCCACUAUGUGCUAAUGUUAGGUCUUACUGUACGGCUGUCUACCUGCAGAUCUAAAAUUGAAAACCCUUUCUGUGACAAUGCCUCACUGUUUAAACUUUCCUGUGAAGAUGUGGUCAUUAAUAAUGUGUAUGGAUUGAUUUAUACUGUAGCUGUGCUUUGCUUCUCAGCGGUUUCUGUAUUUAUAACAUAUGUCAAGAUUGCAACCGUAUGCAGAACUAGCAAAAACAAAGCACUGAACAGCAAAGCCAUAAAAACCUGUAGCACUCAUUUAACUGUUUAUUUAAUCAUGUUUGUAACUGGAGCUACCGUGGUUUUUCUCCAUCGUUUUCCCGAAUACUCUGAAAGCAGGAAACUAUGUAGUUUAAUGUUCCAUAUUGUACCACCAGGAUUAAAUCCUUUAGUUUAUGGUUUACAAACCAAAGAGAUCAGACAGAAGAUUGUUAAAUUUUGGUUUAGAAAAAAAGUUAAUUCUUAA